CGAAAAAAUCACCGCAAUAAUUUACUACAAAAACAAUUUCGCAAAACAACCACCUAUUUACUACAAAAACCAAAUAUUUAUUAACAAAUAGCAAAAACUGCGCAAAUUUUGGUUUUCGAAAACAUUUGUUGUGUAAACACUCAAUUUGAUUUUUUUUGGAAAAUAUUUUUGUAAUUUAUUUUACUGUUGGCGCUAAUUUUCGAAUAUUUUCCAUAUAUACAAAUUUACAUACACAUGUGUUUACGGUAUCGCCGCCGACAGACAGACUUGUGUGUUUAUUUAAAAUAAUUGCCGUAGUUUACGAGCACAAGUACUGCUACUAUAACUGUCAAUUCUGUGUGACUACAACUUGAGCCCAAAAUAUUAUUGUGUUUGUCAAGUUCAUUGCCAAAUUGACUAACCAAUUGCUAAAGCCACAAAUCUUGUGGUUGUGGUACAACGUACAAGAAACGUCUACCGUUAAGCGUUUGAGUAGAGUUUUUAAAAACCUGCCAGCCGGCACACAUACAACAUACUUGGAGACAUCCUAUCGGUUCAUAAGUAAACUGGAGCAGUGUGGCGGCUAAAAUGGGCACUAUUGAGAAACGCUCAUUCUCUUUCCGUUUGCGUCGCUCGAUCGGCGAUGGCGGCAGCACGAACAGCAGGAACAGCAACAAUAACAGCAGCACUUGCACGAACAACAAUUCACUGUUAUCACCGGUGACCAGCGCAAAGCUGGAAGUGCCCAAUUCAAGCGCCUCUGUCAGUCGCCGUAGCAGCAUCUACAAGAAGCCGGACAAGGAUGAUAGUGGCAUCAUACAUAUCGUGCCGGAUAUUGAAUUGCCCUUAAUGACAUUCUCCGAUCAGUAUGAUGUCGAGAAGACGCUGGCCGAAGGUUGCUUUGCACGCAUACUACUCGCACAUCAUCGGCCCACAAAUACGUCGGUGGUGCUGAAGGCCGUACAUGCCGAGUUGGCCACGCUGAAGGACUUCCAAAAGGAGUUUCACCUCAACUAUCAGUUGUCACAUCAUCGCAAUAUACUCAGCGCUUACAAUGUGGCCUUCCAGACGAAGGAUUACUAUGUGUUUGCUAUGGAACAUGCGCCGUACGGUGAUCUGGCGGCCAAUUUGGGGCCACAUGGUUUGCAUGAGUCGGCUUGUAAGACUAUCAGCGAACAAUUGAGUUCGGCGUUGGGUUUUAUGCAUUCGAAGAAUUUGGUGCAUCGUGAUCUUAAGUUGGAAAAUGUCUUGGUCUUCACGCCGGAUUUCUCACGUGUCAAAUUGUGUGAUUUCGGCACGACCACGAAGAAGAGUUUGCUGGUGCACAAGGUGAAGCACACGUGGACCAGCUGUGUGCCGCCUGAAGUGUUGGAGAUUGUCAAAAAUGAACGGUUUCUAUGCAUGCCCACCAGCGAUUCGUGGCAAUUCGGCAUCCUGCUGUUCAACAUACUGACUGGCAGUCCGCCAUGGCACAUGGCCGAUUGGGUGAAGGAUGCACAAUAUUCGAACUUUAUGAAAUACGAACAACGCAAGACAACAAAAAUACCUGACGGCUUCCGUCGUUUUUCACCGCGUCUGAUGCGUUGCUUCCGCAAGUAUUUAACGCACGAUCCGGAAGAUCGCUGCAAAGUAACCGAGGUCAUGAAAUACAUGAAAGAUCGUUGGGUUGAAUGCCGCAUUGCGACAUCGAAGUCAGCGAUGCUCAUCUCACCGAAUCCCGAUCAGGAUUCGUGUAUUUAUUUGAAUAAGCGUGAAGGUCGUCUGUCCGCCGAUGAAAAUAAAUUGAAACUGAAGCGUAUGAUGUCCAGUUAUGGUUUGGAUAAUUCCAUCGAUCAGACAGUGGUGCGUAGCCGUGUCAUUGAGUGGCUCUCGACGUGCGAUGCUAACUUCGAUUCGGAUAUCGAAAGUCUUGCGGCGCUAGAGGUGGCCAAUUAGACAGCAGUGGGCGCGUGAAAGGUUACGAGAAACGCGCGUAAAAAUUGGUUUAAGUUUUGGAAAUCGUUUGCAGCAUGCUUUGCGCCGGUGGGCGGCGAAACCGCGUUAGCCAGCCAUGACUAACGCAAACAUAACGCGUGCUCGGCGCGCAGAAGACAAGACAUCACAUGUUAAACGUGAGAAUUAAGUGGCGUUGAAGAAAGUAAAAAAAAAAAAAAUAAUAUAAUUAUAUAUAAAUGUAUACAAUACAGGUCAUAUCGACAAUAAGUCAUAUUCAAGUACCAAAUGCACAAGAAUUUAUUGUAUAAUAUCACACGAGAGAGAUAGUGAGUCAUAUUCGCGUGUUGCGCCAACUAUUUAAUAUUAAUGCAAUGAAAUGACGAAAGCAAGAAAAAGAAUAAAUUGCAUAUGAUAUGCAAUAUGUACAUUGGGAGUUUAUACAUUCAUAAAAAAAUAAAGCGAAACAAUUUAAUCAAUUUUGUACUAGCUUACCCUUCCCCAAAUAUUAUGAUCACAAAAUAUAAAAAAAUCCAUGGUAUGUUUUGUGGGGUAUUUCUUGCAAGCAAGGCAGUGUUUUUAAGGAGAAAAAAUUUCAAAUUUAUAUAAUUUAUUUUCAAAACUUAUUUACAGUUUUUUAAGUGAUAAAAAAAUACUAAACAUUUUAUUUGCCUAAAAAAAAUAAUUUAUGGUAAAAUUUGCCAUAUGAAAAUGCUA